GAAACUAGGCAGAAAAGAAAGCAACGAUUUUGCAAAGGAAGGAUUUAAGUAAUUUUGAAAAAGUAUCUAUAUAAAAAGUUAUAUCGUGCAUUUGUAAAAACAGAUAUGUAAUGCAAAUAUAUGUCUUAAACAUUUAAUGUUAUCUAUAUGAGAAACUAAAAAAGUGAAGUGGUUAGGUGUGAGAAAGUUUAUCGACGGCGGCUUGCCUAGCGGAGCGCCAUUCUUGGUUAAAUUCACCGCAUUUGUUACACGUUGAAAACCCUUUCAAUAAUAUGAUGAAUUCCACUGUAGCAAAGACGGCGGUCGGAACAACUACAACAACUGCUGCUCAGUUGCUCAGCUCUGCACCAAGCGCUGCGGAGAAAAAUAAACAAUGGCAACGCGAACUGCUUAUGGAACGCAUACGUACGCGCUCCAAUCAACACAAAUCAUUUCCUGAACUUGCGAAGGCUAUGCGUAUGUCCAUGUUGGAGAAACGUUAUGCGCUCGAUGCAGUUGAGAAAGCUAAUUUGCAAAAAUGCCUUGACAGCAUGCAACAUUGCAUUAAAGUAACAUCACGCCAAGGACUGGUUGAAAGACUUGAGAGUCUAUCGCGUCAGCUGGGCCUCAAGUUCAUGGAAGAUACAUCGGGUUUGUUUAUUUCAACCGAUAUGUUCUUUUUGGAAAUAAUAUUGGACGCGAACGGCGCACUUACCGAUGUCAAAGUGCAUCAUGAAUGCAAAAUUGAACAGCAGUCAUGCAGUGAAUUGGUAAAUUGUUUGAAGCGGGGGGACUUUGCCGAUUUCACUGUGCAGUUGGAGGGUUUAUCAUCCAUCUAUCAAUUAAAUGCAGAACCCAAAGUCAAAACGAAGGCUUUUGUUGCCUUACAAGCAAUGGAAACCGACUUAUAUAAUCUAUUUCAAAUGCAAAAUUUCACAAAAGACUCGCAGCAAUUGGUCAAAGCAUCUGCGGUAGGUUUAGUGCUUAAACGACGUGGUGGUCAUCCAAUGAAGCUCAUCUAUUUCGUAUCACCUUAUGAUCUUCUAUCACUGGAUACCAAAUCGAUGCAACCGCUCACUACCGAUUUGAUUACAAGUAAAGAUGUUGGCUUCAGUGUGACAGUAAACCUGGAGGCUUCAUCAGCGAAUAAACUGCAAAUAUUACCUAUUGUUAGCGUAACUAAUGAUCCACAGACCGGUAUUGAUAUACCAAUAUAUGCUCCGUUGAAUCAGCAAAACUCCAUGCUCUUGCCCGCCACAUUUGUGCUACGUCUAAACAAACCGCUACCUGUGUGUCAUGCCACCUUGAGAGCUUUGGGCUUGCCACUUGGUGUUGCAUCUGAUGGCGCAACCGGCUUGGAGUCACCAGACAAAAAAGACGUAGUCAUAUCGUCGAUUAUGAAUUUGGUAGUGCAAACCGCUUCCGAUCAACAGUUAAAGAACUCACAGAAAGGUCUCUUUGUGAAUUUGCCGGAUCAGACGCAUUGCUACUUCUUCACGGAGAAUAAAAAAUUGCAGGCUACCCUUGUUUCCUCCAUACCUUUUACGGAGCCUAUGCAAGUACCAAAAAUUUUAGAUUUUCUUAAACGUCAGGCGCUUUUCUACACACUCUUGGCUAGUUGUGUACGUACACAGUCCAAAAUGGGUAAUGAUAUGGAAUCCACCACCAUACUCGAAGUCAAUGCUAUUUCCUUUCAACAAAUCAGUGUUUCACUGCAACAUACCUUCGAGGAAACAAUGGCAACACUUGAGUUCGAUUUACGUGACGGCAAUGUAAAGUGUGCACUCUACUCGCUAACACAUAACUACGAUCUGCUGUCGCUGAAGCUUACAAAAGUUGUGGAGAAGUGUUUAUCCAUACCGGUGACCAUACGUGCGUUACUUAAGUUUUGGGAUCAAGAAACGAUGAGCAUGUUUCAGCGCACUAUCGGUGGUGGUGUUGGCGGCGGCAUGGGCGGUUUAGGUGGUACAGGCCCUUGCGGUAGCACUGGCAAUGCUGGUUAUGGAAAUUUUAGUAUGGUCAUGGGACCUAAUGAUUCGGGCGGUGGUGUUGGCGGUAGUGCCGGCAUGCGUGGCAGUGCCGUUAAAAUGGAACAACAACAACAACGGCAACAACAACAAAUGUCCAAUAUGGCUUCCGCAACGACGACAAUGGGUGGUGGUGUUAGUGGCGUUGGUAUGAACGCAGCUUGCAAUAGCGCUGCCGGCAUUGCAGGGUUUCUGCAAUAUAAAAACGAAGUGAAGCAGGAGGAUUUUCAUGAUAGCCCAAAGAGUCAAAUGCAAAAUAAUUUAGCUUUCCAUGCUGCUGCUGAAAGCAGCUCUUUGGGCAGCGCACAUCAGCUACAGCAAACGCAGCAGCAACAGCAACAACUACAACAAACCGCAUCACCACAUGAUCAAAAUACCGUCGGCAAUCAAACGGAAAUCGAAAUAGCUGAUAAGUACAAGAACAUUUGGAUGGAUAAAACAAAUUUGAAGAAUUGCGUCAGCAUAACACCCAUUUCACCGGAUAGUAAUAGCAGAGGCGCCACACAACAACAAGGCGUGGAUGUGAAACGCUCCGUCGGCAUAGAAAUUAUUCCACUGACUGCAGCAAAUGGCGCCAAUGCAAGCGGCGCUUCAAUCACAUUGCCCGGCGGCACGAAUGUUCCGCAAACCGGCGUCAACACCUCAUCCACCAUCACUAUAACGCCCAUUAACGCCGUGACCAAUACGAGUAUUAAUACCAAUAAAGAUAAAAAAUCGAGCGGCGGCACAGCUGUGGGCAGUGCCGGUUUAAAUACCGCUCCGAAUAUGUCUACGGUGAGUGGCAAGCGUCCAUUGGACGUAAGCUCAACUAGUGAUACGCAAAAGGAGAAGAAACGUAAAAAGAAGCGCGAUGAUUCACCCAUGGGUCCACCGGAAAAAGUGUAUUCGCGUCAAAAUUCACCUGCUGCCACCAACGAGACCGCUGCUACAGUGGCGGCGCGCAAAUUCUCAUCACCUUCCUCCUCACCAAAAGGUGGCAGCGGUAGCAGUAUGCUUAGCGGCGCUAACACUGGCGCUGCCGGCAAUGCUGCGCUGCUUUCGACACGUCCCAGCCCGAAACAUUCGCCCGUCUAUAGCAGUCCGAAGCAUUCGAAUACCGCCUCCAAUAGUCCGAAGUCACCGUUCGGCACGCAUUCGCCAAAGCAUGGGUCUUCGGGUAAGCCGAGUAUGUCGACACUGAAGAGUGCCACAGCGACCAGUCUAAGUCCGAAAGGCGAUAAAGGCGGUUGUGGUGCUGCAAGCAGUUUAGUUGGCAAUGCGGCGGCCGGUGUUGCGGCUGCUAAUGCAGUGAAAGCAGCUAUGGGUGUUGGUGUGGUUGGUGGUAUGCAACAAAUGAAGUCUAUCAAUCAUUUAGCGGCACCAACUGCUGGUGGCUAUAGUUCCGUGAACAAUAUGAGUGGCGGUGGCGCUGGUGGUGUUAGUGGCGGUGUUGGCCAGCUAUUGAGUGGCAAUGGUGCGCCGGGGGGAAUGGAUAUGAAUGCGGCGGCCGUUGCAGCAUCACAAGUGGCAGCUAUGCGUAAAGUGGUGAGUGGCGCGGUUAGUUCGACGGCGUCAACGAUGUCAGUCGCGUCAACAACAGCAACAGCAACGCAAGCGCUGCCGGGAGCGCCAGUGUCGGCGCCGCUCCAACACUCACCGCCGGACAUUGGCAGCAGUGAGUCGAAGAGCGUUGGACGUGCCGAGUCAACACAACAAUUCAAUUCAACCGAAUAUAUGGUGAAAUCGAGCCAGGAGGGCUUGAAGCUGACCAUCAACAAGACGAGCGGUGCUGGCAAAUCCAGUAUUAGUAACAACAACGCCAACAGUAACAGCAACAGCAGUAGUAGCAGUGCUAACACGGUUACUGCAGCCAACACCACCACAACAGCUGGGAAGGGUUUAAAAACGGGUAGCGGUUCAACUAAAAAACAACAUACGGGCCUCAAACCGGGCGUUAGCAGUGGACCGGCCUCUAAGAAGUUGGCGUCAGCCAAGUCACCGUCCAAGAAGGGUACCAUAUCUAAACAUCCCUUUCAAAAGUCAAACUCAUCGGGAAGCUUGUCCAUAAAAUCAACCAAUCCCACUGGUGGCCUGACCAAAAGCUACAGCACAAAUUCAUUUGGCGACCUGGGCGCUAGUGGCGCCACAGCACGUAAGUCCGCCAAGAAAUCUGCUUCGUCGUCGUCAACGUCGACCGCAAACACGAACGCCAAUGCAACCGCAACUCCUGCACCUGCCACACGCUUGGACCACCAAGCGGACAUGUUGAAAAUACUACAAUAUGCUUCACCAGCAAUGGCGGCCAACAUGGAGGGUUUCAUGAAGGGCUUCAAUAGUAAAUUUCAAAUACCGAAAUUAUCGCAACGCGCCGCCAACCUCGCAAAUGGCUCACAAUCAGCACCGACAACGCCGACUGCACUCUCGCCUGCGUUGAGUAGUGUUAACAGCACGACGGGUGCAAAGGUUGAUAACCCUGCCAACGAAGCCCUGCAAUCGCUACACAAUACGCAACAACAACAACAGCAACAAAAUGUUACAACAAUGCAUUUGAGCGCUAAUUAUCAUUUGGCACAAAAAACCGAAGGCUUACAAAUGCAUUACGCUAAUCAUCACCGUCAGCAGCCACAGCUGCAACAACAACAACAACACUCGCAAAUGCAUAAUCAGCUUACACAGCACCAGACAGCCUUAACAGUUGACUACCAUCAUCAAGCGUCGGCUGUCGCUCAAUCCAUGGACGAGUCGUCGUUUAUGCCGAACGCUGCUGCCGCGCCGUCGGCUGGAUACGGUGGUAAAUGACAUUACUUAGUUACAUUUAAAUUUUGUAUUUGUAAGUUCCAAGUAUUUGUGUAUUAUUUUAAAUUGUAAUAAUUAUUUUACCGAUCCGCCUCGUUGCUGGAGUCCAAUGGGGUUAGGUUAAAAUCUUGGCGACCACUUAAAGAUUAUUAGCAUAUUUGUUACUGGAAACUCGGUCUGGUUUUGUAUGGCAUAACGCUGGGUAGGUCUGAAAAUUGGAUUCUAUGUUAAAACUAAUCUAAGUCACAUGUUUUUCAAUUAUUCGAGAUGCCGUCUGUUCUAGAAACAUCUGCGUUUAGCUCUUACUCUAAGCAUUCAAAGCAUUUUUUCGAAAGAAACGACUUAGUUUUUCGACUUUCUUACACUGAAUAGCAAAGUUUGCCUUUUUGCUUUUAUUGUGCCAGAAAUCAGCAUAUCAUUUCCAAUCAGCAUCUAACACUAACAAUCUUAGGUAGAGGACAAUCUGUAACUGUUAGGGAUUUGAGCAGUGCUGUUGAGUAGAAAGAUCCUAGCCGAAUAUGAAUCGUGUCCGCUGCGGUUAUGUAUAUGCGACUAUUCUUUGAGAACAGUUCUAGAAUAGUAUAUUCUUGUUCUCAUUCCCAUACAUUCGAUUAACCUACGGCUCACCUCUAUCUGUCCAGUUAUAGUUGGUCUCUUGGAACUUGAUUCGUUUGUGCAUUGACAUGAACUUGAAGUUUAGACGCUAGAAAAUAAUACAAACUUUUGUGAGUUCUCAGUCCUUAGUGGGAUGAAAAAUCCGGUUCCGUUCUAGUUACGUAGACUCGACUGUCGGGUGGAACGGUUAAUUUCUUAGGUAAUGACAUUGGAAAAUUGGGUUUAGAGGCCAAUAUCUUCUAAGAGCCAAAUUAAGUAGACAGACAUAUUAGGUUUGUCUUUAAAACCGAUCACUUCCUGAAAACUUUUAUAAAUAUUUUUCGGUAACGAGUUUCCAGUAAAAAAAUGUAUGUUGGUACUUAAAGUUUGAAAAUUAGUAAAAUCAACGAAUCUAUUUAAGUGAGGCAACACUCAGUUAUGUGCAUAAUAUAUUAAGAUACAUGUUUUAUCCAACAUUAACUAAAAAUAAUAAAAGUGCACUGAGAAAAAUGCAUAUCUUUCAGUGCGAAUUUUUGAAAGCCUAAAAGUAUGCAAUAUUUUUUCAAAAUUUGUUUUUUUUUUUUCAAAAUAGUAAUUGUAUAUCAUUAUUAUUAUUACACUGAAAUUAUAAUUAUUUAAUCUAUUUUCGUAUACCAUCAAGAAAACAACCACUCACACAAGCAUUGUUGAAAAAUAUUUGUCAAGAAAAUUGUUAGUUUUAAAAUAUCAUUUCACUUUUUUCUUGCUCUAUGCUAUUUGCAAUGCUCAUAUUUUAGUUUAGAAUUCAUAUUUUUAAUGACAUUUAAGAGAUAACUCUUCUGAGUUCUUACUGAACAUAUAUGAAGAUCUUUCUCAAAGAUUACACGUGUCAGGUAACAAAUAACCUCUGGCUUCGUUUAUGCCUGACUUUUAGCUAAUCUUAACGUUUAAUCCCUUUCCCUUUGAUUUUGAUUUCUACAAAAGGGAUACCAACGGAACGCUUUAUUGGAACAUAUUUGAAUGUUCGCCUAGAAAUAAAAUAUAUACAAAAACAUCCAAAAAUUGCAGGUGACCUUCAAAAAAUACUGAAUAAAAUGGCUAUACAAGCCGUCUCGAGUAUUUCGUUGUGCUUUUUGUGGCCAAAAAUUACCUCUAUUUUCAGUAAGAUGCAUUCUUGUACAAGUAAUGUUCCUUUCGUGUGAAAAUACCGAUUAAGAAAGCAUUCAUCCACAAUAUCUCGUGUUGCAGGCAGAACUUGAGUAUCGAUUUCAGAAGCAUUCCUCGAACAAUCAGAGUUGAAAUCUGAUCUCUCUAAAAAUUUCAUUUUCUAAAGCGUUCAUCCUUCAAAUAGUCGGUUAUGAAAGGAAUUCUUCCAAUAAUGCAGUAGUAUAAGUCCUUCUACUGUUCAAAGAUCUAUAAAUAAAAUGAGUCUUUGGGAAUGUAUAUACUUGCUUCUUUGCCUAUGUAAUAUCUGUCACUAAAGUGACAUUUAAGAAAGUGUUCACCCAUUCAACCCAUUACACAGCUGUAUUAUUAUAUGUUCUGUGUAUAUUAGCCUGUCUUAAAGACAAUCUGUUUUGGAGACACACUCUUACUUUUUCCUUAUCUUAAGGAUAAUCUCUGACUAAGGCGACGUUUAACCCAAAAACAUAUAACACGGCAGUGGAUUACGGAAGAGGCUGCGUAAAUUAGGGGGAGCUUAUGUUGGUGUUGUCGCCGUAUCUCGUAAGAAUUGAUUGUAAUCCUUUCAGAAAUUUAAAGUGUUAAAGACAGUCUGAAGAAACAAAACAUAAGUUUUAGCCUUGACUGACUUUAAUAAACCUUUUUAGAUAAAUUGGUUAUGACUGAAAGUGAGAGCGAUUAUUGUCCUAAGUGACUAGGUAUCGCAAGCUUAAACUUAAUGAAAAAUAAAGCGAACAGUGCGAUAUGUAUUGACAAUUUUUAUUUUUAAUUUGAUAUUUUAAAACCGCAUAUGAAUAGAAAGAUUUUUUAAACAAAAAAACAUCGAUUAAUUGCGUUCAAUGACGAUAUAGUUGUCGAGAGCGCUUUAAAGAGCUGCGUUUUAUAUUUUUGAACAGCCGUUUAUACUGAAAAAUACGAUUUUUGUAUAUACGAUAUGCAUUUUUUAUAUAGACAUGUAUCUUGUACAAACAAAUCGAUAAUAAAAAUCGACUAUUUGCGUUCGAUAUGGUAUGGAGAGUGUCUUAAAUUUGCUCUUAAGCAGUCAGUUUCAAUAUGUUUGCGAUUAACAAGGGUAAAAUAAUCGUUAAAAUUGAUAUCGAUAAUUUUGUCCGACAUAAGUUGUUAUCUCGAAAACAUAUUAAUUAAAAUUUAUUUAUGUUUUUGAACAGUUUGGUGUUUUAUCUAUUAACAAUCAAAUUUUUAAAUAUAUGGACUUAUAUUUUUUAUAUGGAAUCUUAUGUUGGUACUGAAAAAUCGUAUUAAAAACGAUUAUUAUGCGGUGAAUAGUGUUAUAUCGACAUAAGAAUGCUUAAAUAGUUGCUUUUAAGCCAGCGGUUUUUAAUAUAUUUAGGACCGUUUUCUGUGUCUGCCCAUCUGUUUUUUCUUAGCAAUCAUCUAUCAGUUAAGUUCUGGUAAACUUAACCAAACCUGAUUCUUUCGAUAAAGAACUUUUUUUUUUACCAGAACUUAAUUGACAGAUGACGCCUGAUCAGACAUGGAGAAAACGGCGCUUAAUUUUAUGAUCAGUAUUUUGUAAUAUAUUAAUAUAAACAAAAAUUGCUAGUAGAUUUGAAAAUUUUGUUGUGAAUAUUUGAUAGCAUACUAUUUUAUUAACACAUACGCGUAGUCUUUCUCAUAUUCUCCAAAAUGUUUUUCCAAAUUUGAUUAAAUUAUUAAAAAAAAGUAUGCAAACUAGCACACAAAAUAAUUUUAUUCCGUUUCGUUUAUAAGAUUUACAUUUCAGAAGUAAACGCAGAAAAUUUGUUCUUCUAAAACAUCACACAAAUUGUUAAAUCGCUGUUUAUUAUUUAACGACAACCACUCGACUAUCUAGCCUUAACAAGCGAUACAAAUAUUAUUAUUUAUGUAAAAAUUGUAUUUAAAGUUUGUAUUUAUUAAUAAAAGUUGAAAUUUUUUCUGAAACGGCUGGGCUAGAAACAAAAUUGAGUACAAAAAUUAAACAAAAAAUAUGAUUUUUGUAAAUUGUAUACCAAAACAUACUUACACAACUAUACAUAAGCAUUUAAAUGCAAAACAUUGUAAAAUAUAAUCAAUAUUAUUAAGAAUAUUCAAAUUAUAUUAAAUUUAAAAUAUUGCGCAUCCGUUAUAAUACAGAAAAAAAGCAUCAUUGUUGAAAUAUUACUUAAGUUCCAAAGCAAAUUAUUACUGGCAAUAACUGUAAAAAAAAAUAAAAAAGAAUUGAAAAAAAUUUCAAAAC